AUGAAAAGAAAUAGUGUUGGUUCUCGUUUGAAUAAUAAAAAUCAUGCAUCAUCUUCAUAUGGUGACGGAGCCAUGAACAUCCCUGAAUAUGAUCAAAACACGAAGGAAACAUUACCCAAUGUUUCUCACGAAUUAGUGAAAAUUAUUCGAAAAUUACUUCCACAAGAGACUCCGCUCAAUGAACAUGUUCGAAAUGUUGAUUAUACUGAAAAUACGUUUAAUAAAUUAUCCGGUACAUUGUAUUUAACAACAUUCCGUCUUGUAUUUGCUCCAGAUAACGCUGUUAUAACAAAUACAAAUAAUUUUUCUUAUGGAAACAAAUUUAUUGGAGAAUAUGAUAUACCAUUAACGUCAAUAUUUAAAAUUAAUGUUUCUCCUGUUGAUGCUCGUACUGGUUUUCGAUCAUUUUUGAACGAAGAUCAAAUCAAGUCUGAAACAAGAAGUUUUACAGUCAUAACAAGGUAUAUUGAUGCACUAAAAUCUCAUAGUAAAUUUCACGACAAAAAUAAAUUGUAUCCAUAUAUAGCACUGAACCAAAAUACAAUGAACAUGAAAAAAAAAUAUGAUGUUUCAAAUCUUGAACAUAAUUCUUCUCCAAAACGAUCAAAUUCCGCGGAAGAAUCAGAUUUUCAUUUAAGUGAAGAUGAACGUAUUAAGAGUUAUCUGACAUACUCAGAUUGGAAAGCUGAAUUACGCGAAGCAAAUGAAAAACAAUGGGUUGUUGAUAGUGAUAAAUUUGAUAAUCGAAGUAUUGCGACAGAAGUUGGACCAUUUGUUCGACUUGAUCGACGAGAUGGAACACGAAAUUUGAUUUGGCAUUGGACGCAUACUUCUACAUUAUCAGAGUACAAUUAUUCUAAACAAUGCAUGUUAGUUACUGUACCUGAUAUUGCACCAGAACCAGAAGGAAAAGAUCCUUACGAUUACACUAUUAAAAAUAUUUAUAUGAAUAAUAAUCAGACUCAGAAUCAAACUACUAGUUAUACAUUAAAAUCAUUUUUAUUACCGAAAAAAAAUAAUCAAAAAAACUUACGACCCAAUGUGAUAUCUCAAGAUCUUGGUGCAAAAAAAGUAGCAACACCAAAGUCACCUAUUUCAGGUUUACGUCGAAUAACAACCGAUUCUCGUUUAACUACAUUAAAUUAUUCAUCUCAUCAAUAUCAAGACUCAUCAUCCGAAAUUUCACAGGAAUUUCAACGCUACAAUUUAUCUAAAUUUCCAUGUAAUUUAAAACGUUUACAAGCAAGUUAUGAAAAAUUAUUAGAAAUAUCCUUGAUACCUGCUGAAGAUGAUGAUGAAAAAUGGUUAUCAAAGUUAAAUACAAGUAAAUGGUCAAAAUAUGUUUCAAAAACUUUGCAUGGUGCUUCAUUAUUAGCCAAAAUCUUAGAUCAAAAACAUAUUGAAUUAGCUGGUAGUGAUUGUGAUAGCAGUUGUUUAAUGUCAUCACUCAUACAAAUUUUACUACGUCCAAAAUGUCGUACAAUUAAAGGUUUUUGUGAAUUAAUUGUGAAAGAAUGGAUAAUACGUGGACAUCGUUUUUGUGAACGAUUUGGAUAUAGUUCAUAUGAUAAUUCAUCUCAUUCAUCACAAGAAUCACCAUUAUUUCUUUUAUUUCUCGAUUGUGUAUAUCAGUUAAUUGUUCAAAAUCCAUUUUUAUUUGAAUUUACAGAUGAUUUACUUAUUGAAUUGUAUCGUAGUGUUUGUUAUUGUUAUCAUCAUACAUUUGUAUUUAAUAAUGUUGGUGAACGACUUGAUGCAAUGAAAAAUUGUCCAAAUCAUUUAUUAUUAUUAUCAACAUUUGAUUUUUCAUUAUAUUUAUAUCCUGAUAUAUGUCGAUCACUUCGAAAUGAAUCAUCAAUAUUUUCAUCUUCUUUACUACCGUCAAAAUCAUCUGAUUUUAUUGUUCCAUCUACGACAUCUAUAGUCUAUUAUCCUCAAUCAACUUCUACAAAUUAUCAACCAAAUAGACAACAUAGAAAAUCAAUAUCUAGUACAAGUAAUAUUGAACAAACUGUUCCAGGAAAUAGUCGACGUGUUUAUUAUCUCGAAUCAUCACCAAUACAACAACCUUUAACAAAUACAUUUACUCUUGAAACAUCAUCGAUAAUAAAUGGUUCUACAUUAUCAUUAGCAUCUCAUACACGUAUACAAACAAAUAAUAAUUCCUCUGAAACAUCAUUAUUCGAUUUUGAAACUAUUGAAUCACCACAAAUAUUUUUAAAUGAUCUCAUUGUUGAUUGGCGUCUAUUUAAUAUUGUUUUCUGGACAAAAUGUUAUUGUCGUUAUGAAUUAUUACGUUUAAAAGAAUAUGAUGAACAUUUUAUUCAAGAUCAAUUAUUAGAUGAAUUUUAUUCAUUACAAGAACAAGUAAGACUAGAAAAAAUUAAACAUAAAAGAAUACAACAAUCAUCAAUAAUAAAUAAUAAUAAUAAUAAUAAUAUAUCCAGAAAAUUUAAUUCAGAAAAAAUUGUUCUUGAUACUUAUUAUCCAUUUGGUUAUGCAAAUUCAUGGCAUCCAAAUACACUUGAUACACGAGUUUAA